AUGGCCAGCAAAAGUGUAUUAGGAGCCGGAAAAAAAGGCCACAGAGAGCCUGCUACAGAGGCUAGCAGAAACGACGAGCUGGUUGGCUGUAUAUCCGCAAUCGAAGAGGACGCGUUUGAAGGGUUACAGUCGCUGUUGUCGUUGGACCUGAGCUAUAACAAUCUUUCAAGCAUCGGGACUUCACUCUUGAACAAUCUGCCAGCAUUGCGCUCUCUGGAUUUUCAGGGAAACUACUUAGAGUCACCGUCGGAGAAAUUGUUUCUUGGUGUAUCCCGUCUACAAUACUUAGACCUUCGCUCCAACCGCUUCACUGAUAUUCCAAAAGAUGCUUUCAGCCUCUUAUACGACAAAACCGGCCGGCACCAUCGAGUGACGCUUCGAAUCAGUCACAACCCCAUCCAAUGCGAUUGCAUGAUAUAUGAGCUUGCACGUAACAUUGAAAUCGCCAAAAGAGGAGUUUUAUACGCAACUACAGACUCUCAAAUAAGUCAAGUCACAGACUUUAGAAAUCUAACGUGCCAGAAUCCCGAAAACCUGCGCGGCAUAAAGCUCGUAGAUCUCAGUCCGUCUCAAACAUGGUGUCAGAAGUGGGACUGUCCUGCUACUUGCGAUUGCAUGGUUCAAGGCGAACUAAACUCGACCACUUCCCCUUGGAAUGAACUUGUCAACUGCAAAGGAAGAAACCUUUCUGUCGUGCCCGACGGAAUUCCAAAGACAGCAACAAUCAUUCACUUUGAGCAGAACAACAUCGGUAGAAUUCAACAAACUGCCUUCAUGGAAGAUUCGCUAUCCAAGGUGUUGUAUCUGAGCAAUAAUAACAUAACAAAUAUUGAGUCAAAAGCAUUUAGCCGUAUUCCACUGUUGGAAAUUCUCUAUUUGGACGGGAAUAACAUUGAUGAAAUCACCGGAGACGAGUUUGAGUAUCUAGCAAAUCUGCGAGAACUGUACCUGAACAGAUCCGGUGUAAGGACAGUUAAAAGGGACGCUUUUAGUCAUUUGCCGUUAUUGAAAGUAUUAAACUUGGAAAACAAUCUGCUUAAAGCCCUGCCCAACGACCUGUUCUUUGUUGUAACGACCUUACAACACUUGUCCUUAAGUGGGAAUAGCUUCCGAUGUGACUGUGGCAUUUUAUGGCUAAAAUACUGGAUGCGAAACAAAGAAUCGAUUCUAAAUAAUGAAAAUAUCACAUGUACACACGAACAACAACACACCCAAGAAAAUAUCCGCACUCUUUCGUCAGAUAACCUUGGCUGCGAUGUUGCAAACGCAGAGAGGAAGAGUAGAAUAACUAUCAGCCUUUCUAUUGUAUUGGUUCUCCUCUCUUUGCUACUAGUAUUUGGACUAGUGUUGUACAAGAGGAAGAAAGACUUGCAGGUCUUCCUUUAUGCACGGUACGGAUGGCGGUUCAGAGAAGAGCAAGAAGACAUGGACAAACCUUAUGACGCAUUCUUGUCCUACAGUCAUCAUGACCUGGAUUUCAUCUUACAGCACAUCUUACCAGGUCUCGAGAACAGAGAACCCCCUUUCCGAGUCUGUCUGCACCACCGUGACUUCAUCCCGGGCGUUCCCAUCGCUGAGAACAUUCUGACUGCUGUUGAGGAGAGCAGACGAACCAUCGUGGUGGUGUCCAGAAACUUCCUGGACAGCGAUUGGUGCCAGCUGGAGUUUCAAGCGGCACACGCGCAGGUUUUGAGAGAUCGCACCAAUCGUCUAAUCAUGAUCCUCUUGGAGGAUAUACCUGAAGAAGACGCCCCUCCGGAUAUCAGGCAUUACAUAAAGACGAAAACGUACCUCAAGUGGGGGGACGAACGGUUUUGGGAACGGCUGGUCUACGCCAUGCCCCGACCAAGGGAACCUGAGGAACUGGUUCAAAACAUGGAACAAGAACCUCCAGAAAUGCUAGAACGCCCAGAAAUACAGGAAGAUGCGGUUUAAGAGAAUUAUUCAAAAAGUAAAUAUCAACGGUUUCAGGAGCUUGAAACUUUAAGCUCUCUGACUUAGCCAUCAGAAUGCAUCAUAUUUUUCUUCGCGUUUACAGACGAAAGCAACACUCCUCCUAAAAUCACAAACCCACGAAAGUACAGUGAAGAUUAAUAUCCAGGCAGAUGUAGCGGUGCCCGGCAUUAGAUAGUAUCAAAGCUGGUCAAGAAGUGCACCCUGCUGACUCACCUUGCUCGGUCUUCUUUGCCUUUGGUAGC